UAUGAUGAAUUGGUAUAUUGGUCUUUGGAGUCGGAAGAUGAUGACAUUUUACUUCUAGCAGCAGUGGUAGAAGAUGAAGAAAACAAAAGGCGCAGAAAGCAUAAAAAAUGUUGGGUCCAUAAUAUAAAUUUGGAUCAACUGAUGUUUGGGGAGUUUACAACAUUGAUGCCUCAUUUAAGAGAAGACAGAGAAAGAUUUUUUUUAUAUUUUAGAAUGUAUCCAGAAUGUUUUGAUGUCAUUUUGGAUGGUAUCGAUGAAGAAAUACGUAAAAUGCCAACGAACUUCCGUAAUCCAAUUUCACCAGCAGAACGGAUAGCGAUUGAGAUAAAUUUUCAAUAG